AUGCCAUUUGUAUUUAAUCUAUCUGAAUUCAAUAUUGCUAAAUUCCUUUACUAUUAUAAAACCCCUACUCAACCUACUAUUGUCUGCUAUUAUUGUCAAAAAUUUCAUACUCUCUUUAUUUCUAGCAAUAUCAACAUUCUACCUAGACAAGCAACCCCUUCUCCUUCUUCCCAAAAAUCUACAUAUAUGAAUAUUGAUAUUAUACCCAAACAA